AUGCGAACUUAUAUUCGAAAAACAACACGAGGUUCUGUAUCUCAGGAGUUGAUGCAAAGAGCUGCAGAUGCAGUUAUUAAAGAUGGUAAAAAAAUAAAAACUGUUGCCAGAGAAUUAGAUAUUUGUCAUAUGACGUUAUACAGAUUUGUAAAGAAGUUGAAAUCUGGAGUAGAAAACGCUGUGGUUGGCUACAAAAAAGUAAGAUUGGUCUUUAGUGAAGAACAGGAAAACAAGUUAGCAGAAUAUUUGUUAAAAUGUGCAACAAUUUUCUUUGGUCUUCUACCAGAGGAAGUGCGAAAAUUAGCAUAUGAAUGUGCACAGAAAUUCAACGCCUCUGAUAUUCCACCAUCUUGGCAUGAGAAUAAAAAAGCUGGUCCAGAUUGGCUGACUGGUUUUUUAAAGAGAAACCCUCAACUCUCGAUUAGAGCCCCGGAAUCGACAAGUGCUAGCAGAGCAUCAUCUUUUAAUAAGCACAAUAUUAACGAAUUUUUUACAAAGCUAGGCACAGUGUUGGAUAAAUAUAAAUUUCCGCCCUCGAGAAUAUAUAAUUUAGAUGAAACUGGCGUUACAACAGUGCUAAAGCCAAAGAAAAUUAUUGCCAAAAAAGGAACUAAGCAAGUUGGAGCUAUAGUAUCUGCAGAACGAGGUUCAUUAGUCACCGUAGAACUGGCAGCAAAUGCAUUAGGACACACAGUUCCUCCAAUGUUUAUUUUCCCUUGA